GACCACACAAACUCACAGCGACUAAGCUUAAAGCUGCUGUUAAAGACUUGAAUUCAGGGUCGGUGUGGGACUUGUGCCGUGGCACAACGAAAUGGUCUCGAAAUACACACUGACACGUCUGUUUUUACUAGUAUUAAUCUCCAAACAUGGCGACUGUUGUAUGUUAACGCGGGGUUCAGACGAUCUCAUGGAAGCGACUGGAACAGAUGCUCGCUCCCCCUUUCAAACCUCUGCACGGAUUUAUCCGUGAUGUUCAUUUCAACAUAUUAAUAACUCACAAAAACGGGUGACAUCACAGGAAUCCCUUAAUAUGAGUGAUGAUAAACCUUUCCAAUGCACUGCUCCUGGGUGUGGACAGAGAUUUACAAAUGAAGACCACUUGGCUGUCCACAAACACAAACAUGAGAUGACCCUGAAGUUUGGCCCGGCGAGAAAUGACACUGUCAUCGUCGCCGACCAAACCCCAACACCUACCCGCUUUCUUAAGAACUGCGAGGAGGUUGGGCUCUUCAAUGAACUUGCGAGUCCUUUUGACCAUGACUUCAAAAGAGCAACAGAAGAUGACAUUAAAAAGUUACCGCUGGAUUUGUCACCUCUUGCCACACCAAUUAUACGCAACAAAACUGAGGUACCCACAGCUAUAGAGGCACAUCGAGAUAGCCCUCUGCCACACCCUGAAUCCACAACAAGUGAUGACAAGGACUUAUCUUUGCAGCCAACCUCACUGCCAACAUCCACUAUAGUCCAUCCUGCAUCCCUCCAAGUUCCCAAUGUACUUCUAGCAACCUCAGAGGCUAAUGUUGUAAUACAGCAAGCUCUCCCAUCGCCAACAUCUAGCUCUGUUAUUACCCAAGUCCCAUCCACUAAUAGGCCUAUAGUUCCAGUGUCUGGCACCUUCCCCGUGCUCUUACAGCUGCCUAAUGGCCAGACGAUGCCGGUCGCUAUACCUGCGUCCAUUACAAGCUCAAGUGUACAUAUUCCAACUACAAUCCCUCUUGUCAGACCUGUCACCGUAGUGCCUAACAUCCCAGGGAUCCCAGGGCCUCCCUCGCCACAGGCACAGCCUCAGCCUCAGCCACAGCCACAGCCUUCACCUCAGCCACAGCCACAGCCUCCGCCACUGCAACAGCCACAGCCCGUCCAUUCAGAAACAAAGCUGAAACUAAAAGCCACAUUAAGUCAGCAGUUUCCUCAGGUAACCAGUGGACAUGGUGGUGAAGUUCAGAGCAGUGCAGUAACCCACACUGCUGCUCCUGCCUCUCCUGCUCCAACCCCAACUCCAGCUCCAACUCCAACUCCACCUCCAGCCCCAACUCCACCUCCAGCACCAGCCCCAACUACAACUGCAGUCUUAACUCCCACUCCGCCUCCUUACAUGCCCACAACCGAGGAACCUUCCCCCCAUCCUCUUCAGCAGCCAGCCACCUCCACCACAGAGACACCUGCUUCUCCGGUGCCCCCGGCACAAAACCCUACGAGCACAGGUGGUCGGCGGCGCAGAACCACGAGUGAAGAUCCCGAUGAGAAGCGGCGCAAGUUUCUGGAGCGUAACAGGGCUGCCGCCUCUCGCUGUAGGCAGAAGAGGAAAGUGUGGGUCACGUCGCUGGAGAAGAAGGCUGAGGACCUCAAUUCCAUGAACGGACAACUACAGAAUGAAGUCACCCUGCUGAGAAACGAAGUGGCUCAGCUGAAGCAGCUUCUUCUGGCUCAUAAAGAUUGCCCUGUAACCGCCAUGCAGAAGAAAUCUGGCUAUCACAUUUCUGACAAAGACGAGAGCUGUGAGGAGAUGUCCGUCCCCGGCAGCCCCCAGAACGAGGCCAUCCAGCACAGCUCCAUCAGCACUUCCAACGGGGUCAGCUCUUCCUCCGCGACCUCGGCCAUCUCCGCCCUCACCGGCGUCACCAUCACAUCAAACCAGAGCACAGAGGAGAGCCAGCCGCGGAGGACCAACGCCCAGUCCGAGCCUUCAGGGAGCUGAUCAUCCACAACAAAGACCGCGUGUCGACACUGGGGUGCUGUGGCCUCGUCAUUCUCUGUGACAACCAGGAGGAAAUGAAUCUCUCUCAGCUUUUGUUUGGACUCUGUACUUUGUAUUCUUAAUUUGUAUUUAUGUUCGAUCCACAUUGUUCUCCAUAGACAAUGCAAAAGAACAGGCACUUUAAGUGUAAAAUGUAAAACACAUUGAUCUGAAAAGUUAUUUAUUAAUUACCUUUGUUUCUUUAUUUAAUCAGCCUGAAGAUUGAUUAGUGAAUGUUGUCAUUAGUUUGUUUUAAUGACUUUUAUAAACACUUACAUUUAUGCUAUUAUUUCAAAAAGAGCAAUGACUUUUAUUUGCUUUUUUAUUAUUAUUUUUGCACAUUCUGAGAGAAGUGUACGUUUGGACGGUUUACAGAUAAAGUAUUGGCAGCUUUUUUUUGUCAGAAACAGGUUUGAAUGCUGUCACUUUACACAAAUGAAUGACAUUUUAAAGUUUUUCUUAGUGAGAUGAGCUGUCGUCACAUUGUGCAUUUUGAAUGUUUGAGCUAAUUUCUGCUUGUAAAAUAGUCUUAAAAGGGUGAGUUGGUUGAUUUCAUUGACAUUCCAUCAGUAGUCGGAUUGUUCCUGAUGCAGUGAUUGUAGGAUUACACUACUUUAUCCAUUACUUAAUCAUAGUAAUGUUGACUUGAUUCAGUGCCAUUGAUGUUUUUGUAUAAAUAACUCCUGUACAUUUGAAAUGCAGUUUAGCCUAAGUCAUUUGCUGUUCUCUCAGAGGAGAUGUCCUCGCUUUGUAACUGUCAUUGCUUUAUAAGUGACCGUCUAUGGCUUCAGUGUCUAACGCAGAGCUUUUCUGGACAUUCUGCUCAUUUCAACUUUAGAUGCAGUUUUUAGAAAGCAUUGUAAAAAAAAAAUCAUCAUUUGUACAUUGUACAUGAUCUUUACAGGUGUUAUGUACUUUGUCUUUUUUAAGAGGAUAGUCUGGAUUCAGUCGCUGAGCUCCUUUGAUCACAUGAACUCUCUUAAAGACUGACCUUUUAAAAUCUUUCCGUCAGUAAGACGGGCCUCUCUCUGACUUUGUGGAAUUAGAGUAACACGACUCCUGCUUUGUUAUAAUUGUGAUUUCAUCAUUGAACAACCACACGAGGAAGCAAAUGACACUAUGACGUCAGUUUGCCUUUUCUCUUAGUCUGCGCCGGGUUACUACUGUGUAGUUUUACAAAAAAGCUAACACGUAAUUUGCCUUCAUUAUGUCUCCGUGCUACAUUUAGCUGUAAUGUACUAUCUGCAUGACAUAAUAAUUCUCUGCGAGAAUUUUCCCCUCUUUGUUUUUAUUAAGUUUCAGUCAGAUAGUUACCAUUAAACAAGUGGCUCUUAAGUUUUAUGAAAGCUUUUUCUAUAUGAAUAAUCUUAGCUUACGUGCAAAAAAAAACGGGGUGUGAUACUGUGUUGAAAGUGUACUCGUACCUUGUGAAAGUUCUGUAUAAAAAUUGAAUUGAUAAGUUGUUGUAAUAAAUCUUUUAAUAUCUCU